AUGGAAACCAGAAGUAAGCCUCAGCUCCUCGUGUUCCUGAUGCUUUUUAGCAUGCUCUUCUCACAGACAUUGGCUUGGCCUCUUUUCGAAGCACCUUCUGCUCUGAGGUUAGGUGACAGAAUAUCAUUUGAAGAAGCAAAUGAACCUGAUCAAGAUUCAUUAAAAGCAGACACUGACAUCUUGCAAAAUGCAUUAGCUGAAAAUGACACACCCUAUAAUGAUGUAUCCAGGAAUGCCAGACAUGCUGAUGGAGUUUUCACCAGUGACUUCAGCAGACUCUUGGGUCAAAUUUCUGCCAAAAAAUACCUUGAGUCUCUUAUUGGAAAACGAGUUAGCAAUAACAUCUCAGAAGACCAAGGACCAAUCAAACGCCACUCGGAUGCAGUCUUCACUGACAACUACACCCGCCUUCGCAAACAAAUGGCCGUAAAGAAAUACUUGAACUCAAUUCUGAAUGGGAAGAGAAGCAGUGAGGGAGAGUCUCCUGACUUCCUUGAAGAGUUAGAAAAAUGAUGAAAAAGCUCUCAGGAGCAAAGCUGCUGACAACUUCCCAAUGAAUUCUUAAAGGAAAAUGAUAGGUGAAGUAAUUAUAUUUUGAGUUCUACAUAAGUAAUUCAAGAAAACAACUUCAAUAUCAAAACCAAAUAAAAUAUAUUGUGUUGUGAAUGUUGUGAUUUAUUUUAUUCUAAUGUAAUAACUGUGAUGUUUACAUUGUAAAUAUUAUUUCAAAGUUCUUAAAUUUGUCUUUAACUCAUGAAAAUCCUGUAAUUUCAUAUGCUAUGUAUUCUUUCUAACAAAA